AGGGAAGAGCAACGGAUGCCGCAGUGGCUCAGAAAGGCCCCUGGGCUAGCGAGUAACGCGUGAAACAGGGCAGCCGGCUGAGGCUGGGGGAAAGGGACGUGCGGCUGUUGAGGCGGGGCCUUGCGAGCACAGCCCUGGGGAGGUCAUGGAGGACGACGCCCCAGUGAUUUAUGGGCUGGAGUUCCAGGAUCCUUUUUUGCAAGUCCCAAAACUGAAAUGGUCCAAGAAAAGGCCCGUGCUUUAACACCCCAGAUAGCAGAAACGGAUGCAAUUCGAUUUUUGGUUGGGACACAGUCUCUCAAAUAUGAUAAUCAGAUUCACAUAAUAGAUUUUGAUGAUGAAAAUAACAUUAUAAACAAAAAUGUUCUCAUCCAUCAAGCGGGGGAAAUUUGGCACAUUAGUGCCAGUCCUGCAGAUAAAGGUGUGCUAGCAACCUGCUACAAUAAAACUUCAGACAGUAAAGUCAUGACAUGUGCGGCUGUUUGGAGGAUGCCGAAGGAAUUGGAAUCAGGCAGUCAUGAAUCCCCUGAUGAUUCAUCAAGCAACACUCAAACCCUGGAGCUACUCUGUCACCUUGACAACACAGCCCAUGGCAAUAUGGCCUGUGUUAUAUGGGAGCCAAUGGGAGAUGGUAAAAAGCUCAUUUCACUGGCUGAUAAUCACUUAUUAUUGUGGGAUUUGCAAGAAAGCUCAAGCAACGCUGUGCUAUCCAAUUCUGCUGCAUUAGAAGGAAAAGGGCAAUUAAAAUUUACUUCCGGACGAUGGAGUCCACACCACAAUUGUACGCAGGUUGCAACAGCCAAUGAUAGUGCCAUUCGAGGAUGGGAUACACGAAGUAUGAGACAGAUCUAUUACAUAGAAAAUGCACAUGGACAGCUGGUACGGGACCUAGACUUUAAUCCCAAUAAACAGUACUACCUGGCUAGUUGCGGAGAUGACUGCAAGGUGAAAUUCUGGGAUACUAGAAAUGUCACUGAGCCAGUGAAGACACUAGAGGAGCAUUCCCACUGGGUAUGGAAUGUACGAUACAAUCAUUCUCAUGACCAGUUAGUCCUUUCAGGCAGCAGUGAUAGCAGAAUCAUUCUGUCUAACAUGGUAUCAAUUUCUUCUGAGCCCUUUGGACAUCUGGUAGAUGAUGAUGAGCUUAGUGACCAAGAGGACCACCAUCAAGAGGAGAAGAUUUUUGUAUACACACCUUUCAGGACUAAAGAGCCCCUUCAGGACAGCAUAAUAGCUACCUAUGAAGAACAUGAAGACAGUGUAUAUGCAGUGGAAUGGUCCUCAGCAGACCCAUGGCUUUUUGCUUCUUUGAGUUAUGAUGGGAGACUUGUUAUUAACAGAGUUCCCAGAGCACUUAAAUAUCAUAUACUGUUAUAAUUUGUUUGGAUUAUGAUAUAAUUAUCUUGGCAUCAUUUUUAGAAGCUUUAAAUGUAUUGAUCAUUGUUUAGCUUUCCAAGUCCAGUGCUUUUUUUGUUAAGUGUAAACAUUUAAACAUAAUUAAUACAUAAAAUAAACUUGACUAAAAGUGAAAUUGACAUUUUCAUUGUCGGAACAGUGAUGGUAUAUUUUCUUGAAGUUGUGUUAGUGUGAUUUUUAUAAUCACUCUGAGGUGAUGAUUCUUAUUUAAUUAUUGUAAACUCUACUGUUUCUUAUGUAUAUGACUGAGUAUUACUACAGUGUUAUGCCAGUGUAAUUGAUUUCAGUGGAGUUUCUUGUACCAGUUUUAAAAAAUUGGAGUAAGGCAGUGAGUACGUAAGGGUAAAGGGAUCUACUGUCUUGCAAGAGUAAUAUUUUGUCUUCUUUUUUUCAACAUAAGCAGCCUACUGUUCUUAGCUAGGACCAUAUUCUCUUAACUCUUCUGGCUCAUUACUUAAUGAUUAUAAAUAUAGUGGGGAAUGGUCUGAAGAACAUUCCUAAUUCACUCCCACAUUUUAAACCAUUCUUCCUCCUUUGCUUAUCCUAACCAGAAAUGUUAAGGGUGAGGAUGAAGUCAUGCAGACAGCUACAAUCUAUUACUUUCAUUCAGAUUGCCAGCACAGAGAGCCCCAUGAAAAAUAUUUUGCAGCUGAACCGUACAGGAAUGUUGAUAACAUACUGUGCUAUGAUCUGGCAAUUGUACGCAACAUUAUGUGGCAUUUUUAUUAUAAAUGAUGAUUUCUCUGUCUAACCCAAAAUCUCUUUUAGAAGUUGGCACUCAUAUUAAAAUAAAUAAAAGACAACCAAUCUGACUGUAGCUA